AUGGUUACUUUGUACUGUGUCGUCGUUGGUGUGGCUGGGAGCGCGUUCCCUGUGGACAUUGACGAGAACAAGUCCGUGGGGCACUUGAAGGACGCGAUCAAGGAGAAGAACGCAUGGACGAUCACAUGCGACGCCAAGAACCUGCAGCUCUUCCUGGCGAAGAAGAAGAAAGGCGCUGGGGUGUGGCUAACGGAGAACGACGUGAAGGACGGUGUCAGUGACACGAGUGAUUUGAAGCUAUUGGGCGUUGCAGGAGCGCCGCUCAGCUUGGUUGGCUUGUCGGAGAAGGACGUCAAGUUCGUACCCACGCUAGAGGAUGUCGAGUCGAUGAACACACCUGUUCACGUGCUGGUGGCGUUGCCUCCUGGGACAAGUAGUGCUCCUAUUUCUGAUGGGACGGACUUAUGGCUGUCGAGAGU